GGGGAUUAAAUGAAUUAAAAUAUUUAAAAUUUUUUUUGCGAAACUUUUGGAAAUUUGUCAAAUAGCAGAACCAGGAACUUAUAAUAACGCAAUGAUUGCAUCAACGAUUGAAUUUAAUAGAAGAAAUAUGGAGUUUAAACGAUCACUGGAUCAUCCAAUGGAUUUGGUCGUGCUCUAAGUGAAGAAUUUGCAAAACAAAAAUGUCAUUUGGCUUUAGUUGAUAUUGAUGAAAAAAAUGGAAAAGAAUUAGAAGGAUUCAUUAGAAAUUCAUAUGAAAUUAAAGUUAAAUUUUAUAAGGCUGACAUUUCAAUUUAUGAAAAUGUUGAAAAACUUAAAACUGAUAUUGAACGAGAUAUUGGACAUGUUGAUAUUUUAAUAAAUAAUGCUGGUAUAAUUCAAACUGUACAAACCUUAAAUCCUAAGAGGACACCAAUUGAAAUUUCAAAAUUAAUUGAUGUUAAUUUAAAAGCUAGUAUUUGGGCAACAAAAAUAUUUCUUCCUGGAAUGAUAGAACGGAAACGUGGACAUAUUAUUGCUACUUGUUCAUUAGGAGGGUUAUCAUCCUGCGCUUAUAUAUUAGAUUAUGUUUCAUCAAAACAAGGUUUAAAAGGAUUUAUGGAUUCAUUGUAUAUUGAAUUACUAAUGAAAGGACAUAGUGAUAUUAUUAAAACAAGUUUAAUAUGUCCGACACUAGUGCUGUCAAGUGAUUAUGUUAUCAGAACAAUUAAAGGAACAAAAAGUUAUUUAUACAUGCAUCCAUGGACAUCGGAAAGAGCAGCAAAAACUGCUAUUAAAGCAAUUCUUAAAAAUGAAAGAUUAAUUGUAUUGCCAUCAAUAUAUAAAUUCUUUAUGAUGCUUAAUAUAUUGCCAGAUGAGGCUAUAUCAAAAACAAUAAAAAGAUUAUUUCAUGUUGAUCAAUCAGGAUUUGGAGAAGAGUAAAAAUUUUCUGAAAUGAAAUUUCUUAAAAUUAAAUUAAUACUGCC